CCUGAGUUAAAUUCUUUAAAGGUAUUGAAGAUGUCGAGUAUUUAUUUAAUUGUUUGCGUCGCAAUGAUGUUACAAGCCAGCCGAGCUUACUACCACCACUACGAGCAUUUUCCAUCGUCUCAUCCGUACGGAAUCGUUGCUCAUCCUUGGAAUUAUGUCUACAGCCAAAGUCCCCGUGUUCCAGGCCACCAGUUUGAAGGACGUGUCAUCAACAGACAACAGCCUAGCUCCUAUCCAUUGUGGAAACACUUAGCUGAUAAUGAAGUGGGCGAAGGUGAAGUGGAAAGUCGGUUGUUCAACAGGCUAACUGCCAACCUUAUGAACGCUGGCUUUUUCGGCAACAGGUUCGGCAACAACGUUGGCAACGGCAAACCUGUUCAGAAUUCCAGGCCCUUUUCGCUGGUUAACAAAUGGAUUCCGCUGACUGUGAAUCCCGAUUUUCCCAGUGUCAUCUCGAAAUUCGAAAGCUGCACGACAUUCAGCGAAGAGGAAGGCAUUUGCGUGCCAGGUGCUGCCUGUUCGCUGUUUGGUGGCCGGCCAUCCGGCUCCUGUGGCCUGAAAAGCGUCUGUUGCAUCAAUGCCGUCUCAAAAUGCGGGACUACGAUCACGCUCAACAACACCUAUUGGCAGCCACCAGUUACUUUGGGCUCAUCGUGUUCGCUGACCAUCAAGUUGGAUGCAAGUUUGGUGGAACAACCUAAAGAAAUCGCUCAAAUUCGUUUGGAUUUCGCUACGUUCAGCAUCAGUCAACCGAACGCCGAAGGUAAUUGCGCCAUGGAUGUGUUCAAAGUCAUCGGAGCUGACAACGAAGUACCUGCCAUCUGCGGAGACAAUGCUGGCCAACAUAUGUACUUGAACGUACCUUCCCGUGGUCCUCUGAGGUCCGGCAAAGCGACGAAUGCACAACCAUCGAGAGAGAUCACGCUCUCUUUUGAAUUUGGUGCUUCGUCCACAGCUGCACGAAUGUGGAAUAUUCAAAUUUCCAUGUUACCUAAAGGCGCCAGUUAUCUCGCUCCUGCGGAUUGCCUUCAGUAUUUCGCUGCUGCUAGGGGACGUAUCAGUUCGUUCAAUUGGCAAGACGUUGAGACCACUACGACUCGUCAGCUGAACAACCAAAACUACAACAUUUGCUUCAGGACAGAGGAGAUUGAAAGAAAGAGAGCCAGCGAGAUGUGUUUGUCUGUUUGCCCGGUGAAGAACGGAGGUGACGCUUUCUCCAUUACAACUCCAACUGCUGCCACUGAUCCAACAGCUAUAACAGUCAACGCCCAGGCCGCUGCGGACGCUGCGGCUCUCGUUGCUGCUGAAGAAGAAGCCGCAGCAGCCCAGGAGGCCUUAGAUACCGCUCAAAAUGAUGUCACAGCUGCUGAAGAGGGUCUUGCGGCCGCACAGGCCACUUUGGCCGAACAAGAAGCUAAUCUCGCUGCAGCAGAUGCAACAUUGGCUGAAGCUCAAGCUGUUCUGGCCGAUGCACAAGCAGCUGUUGACGCCGCAGGAGGGAACCCAACAGAUGCUCAAACACAGGCCGUUACGGACGCACAGGCCGCAGUUGAUCAAGCCCAGGCCGCAAGGGAUGAAGCGGCAGCUGCCGUGAAUCCUGCUGAGGUAGAUGCGGCCCAAGAAGCUUUGACAGCAGCUCAAACGACUUUAGCAGAUGCUGAAACGGCCCUUACAGCCGCACAGGAGAAUUUGGCUGUCGCUCAAACGGCCGCUACCGACUCCGCCAACGCAGCCGCUGUGGCCGGUGAUCUCGCCUCAGGUAAUGGAGCUGUUGGCACCGUCUUUACCGUUGAUGGUGGUGCCACGACGGCUACAUGCCUGUAUGAUUAUCUUUUAAUUUCCGGCGGAAGAGACGCUACUAAUGUCGAAGCCGAUCGUUAUUGCGGAAAUCAAUUGAAUCCAGCCGGCCCUGCAGGCCUAGCUGUUAGUGUUCCAGUGUGUACUCCAGUCAAAUCGUUCAGGAUGACAUACAGAACCGAUGGCACGGAGGGCGAAGUAGUUGAAGGACCCAACGUUAUUCCGGCGCCAGCUGAUGACUUAAACACUGGAUUCUGCCUCAUCUAUCAAGAGAAAUAAGAUCACUGAUGAGCCCUUCACU